GGCGCCAUUUAUCGCGCGGGAUUUUUUCGGCGAAUACACCCCGCUUUCCCUUCUCUCCCCGCUUACGAGCUCCGGCCGACCUCGCGCGCGGUGCGCUUUAGCGUUUUGCCGCGUCGUCAGUUUCUAACCGAGGCUCACUGUUUCCUCGCGGCUGCCACGCUGUACGACCCGGAGACGCCGAAGAUGAGGCGGCGAGGCGUGUUGUGACUUCGCCCGGACGGUCUCGCUGCCAGCGCGACAUGCAACACCGGCGUGGAAGAAGGAAAGACCCCGACUCUCUCUGCAAGCGUCGUGGACGACGCCUUUUGUGUCCACGUCGGCGUGCGGCGGUGUGUUAACAACGCUUGGCGUCGCAGCGAGUGUCGUCUUCGUUUCGGGACUCCAAGCGGUGCUUUUCCAUUUUACUUUUUUUCCUUAUUCUUCUUCUUGAAGAGAACUUCUCACGCAGCCGGGUUUUCAUCGUGCGUAUGGGCACGUCUGUCGCAACCCUUUCUUCUUCUCGAAAUUCCGUUAUCUCUUUCGACCAACGCAGGGUAGCCAACCGGAAACUGCACUCAUUAACGCUCCUGUAGACAUUGCUUCACUGUCGUUGCCGCUACCUGGCUGUGCAGUUUCAGGGCCUCCUGUUUCUUUGUACUCUAUGACGGGUCUUGCCGCAAGCCGAGUCGUGUAUACACGGGGGCACAAAUCUCUCCAAACGUAUAGCUUAGAAGGCGUGCUUUCGUCGUCACGUUUUCAGACAUUUCAUUUCGUAUGUGUCUCGAGAGGCGUGAAGAAACAUCCUGAUAUGUCCCGAGCGAGGCUCGGCCCGGAGGGUGCAGCCAUUAUAUGGGAAUGCUAUUCGUUUUCGCGAUUUGUCAGUGGUCAGAGUGGCACACAGGCCAACGUUAUCCCUGAGAUAGGCCGUUCGUAAGCGGUAGAUUGUGAUACAGUGAAAAUAAUACCGUGGUGCAAAAAGGAAUCGUUGCAUCACGCCGGCCUAUGGUACUGAAACCAAAGAAGAAUACGAGUCUGUAUAACCUCGAGUGUGCAGGCGAUCAAAGACGAUUUCCAGAAAGAACAGACAGAGAGAGCUGUAGACGCGGUUCCGGCGUGACCGGAUGCGAUGUGCAAUCGAGGCGGGCGUGCCCGGAACCUUUUGACAGACACGCCUGGGCGUCGACUGUAGCGUUUGCGUAUCACAACAUUUUGGCCUAGAAUUAGUGCCUUAAGGAUGACUUCGCUAAACGGAUGCUUAACGCGCGUGAACUAUGCUGAAAAAUGCCGAAGCUUCGAUAGUCACGGCUCGUUUCACCAAUAAUAGCGACAUUAUAUGAACGUAAUGGCACCAUGUUCAGCAUAUUGCUCGAUAAUGUUCACUCAUAGCAGCUUCCGCAAUGACAGAACCGGAAACGUGAGUGCAACGCCGUGACUCAGCUUCGCCGAGAACUUCGUGUCACUGUGCCAAAGGAAAAGAAAGAAGAUAAUUUAGAGACGACGAAGUAAGCUAUCAGAACAACAGCACUGUCAUUGCUAAUAGUAAUUCAUCGCCACUGACAUGUUUUUAGUUGUUUUGGCUUCUCGACCAAAAUUUCAAGGCUGAUCGAAACAAGCUGUUUAAUGCCACCAUUCUGAGAGUCUGGCGGAGAGCGGCCAUUCAAAAUUUGUCGAGCACCAAGAGACUGGUUAUGCACCACUGCGCAGUACUUAAGACAAGCAAAAAAAAAAAAAGAAAGACCAGCAUUUGUCGCGCUGCAGCCACACUACGACUUGAGUUCUUAAAAGUUGCUUUGUGAUGCGAGUCACCCAUGAACGCCAUCCCCUUAUCGUUUGAUUGUGGUUGUACGCAUUAUUGCAUCACAAGAUGUAAGUAGUAAGACAUACCAUAAAGAAAGCGCACCGACGUUUUCCGGUUGUCUGUAGACAGUCCCCGAACAGCCCGCGGAGUUAUUAUGACCUUGCAGUUUUGUCGACUAAUCUCCAUCUAUUUUCUGCUGACGGCGCGUUAGGAGGACCACGGACGACAGUAAAACAAGUCAAUCGCUAACGUAUCUUGUGAAUCGACAGUCUGCGGUGUUUAUGCAUCCAAAAGGACUAUUGUAUAAGCUAACGUGUUCUACGAUAAGUCUACAAGCAGCGUAGAAACAGUACUAAGGUUAUUUUCACGCGACCUUUGUUGGAACUUCUUCUUCAACCUUCCUGGCAGACGACACUUAAUCAUCAUCUCGUCUGCUUGUCACGAGCUUCCGCACGCAGGCUCAAGCGCAUUUAAAACUAAUGUGGCGUACCUUUCAAUACAUCCAGUGUGGUCAAACCCCCUAUAGUGGGUGCGAGCCAUAUUUUGACAACAGAAGAAGAAGAACUGAAGUCAUCUUUACCCUAUUAGGCUGUCGAAUACCAAAAUUAAACUUCUAUCGUCACAGGGCUGGUCUGGUGCCCUCCCCUCUGUGCCCAGCCUGUGGAGAAGAUGAAACAAUAGAUCAUUUUUUCAUAUUCUGCCGCCGUUUCACUUCCUUAAGAAAAAAUCUAGAAUCAAGAUUUACACAGCUUGGUUUGAGCUUUUCAAUUACAAAUAUCCUUUCUCUAGGAGCCUCCUCUCUUGGAAAGUGGCACAGGGAUAUUUGCUGAACCGUGGAGGAUUUUAUAAGUGCUACAAAGAGAUUGUCUCGAAUUCUUAAACAUCUUAUUUUUGUUCAUUUCCUCCAGUUAGCUUUACCAAUUUUAGUCUUUUAAUAAAGAUAGCCUAAUUUCACCCAAAUCUUGGCCAACCCCCCACAGUAGGUGUGCGCCAUCGCAUAAGGGAUACCAUACCAUACCAUACCUUUCUUGAACAAAACAGCGAGGUAGCCGGCGGACCCAGAGGUCCAACAGAGGCCGGUACCCGCUGUUGAGGGCCAUGCAAAGGACCCAGCAACUGCUGCUGCUUCUGUGCGUGUUCGUGGGUGGAUUCAUCGUCGGCACCCAAUAUAGACUAAGCGUGAGCAACGGCCGUGACUCUCCUGGGCAGCAGCAGCGGCGGCACUCAACGACUAUUCAGAGGACAGUGAGAGUGUCGCCCUACUUCACCGCAGACGGCGCCAAAUGGGCGGACGCGUGGGUAAAAGUGAGCGCCAACGUGUAUCUCUACUCGGCCUACUUCGACCCCCGGUUGGGCGCCACCGCGACCGUCGUGCGCGUCUUGGGACUCAUGCGUCUCAAUCCGAGGCUGAAGGUGAACUGCUCCUGCCUCAUCGACGACCGGCCCGAGAAGCCUGCCCAGCCUGUCGUCGCCGAAGUGCAGUACCUUCAGGACUCCACUGGCCAUGGCUGCUCGACGUACUUGCUGGACGAGAGCUUCUUGUCCCGCCAGGGUGUCGCCGGUCAGCUGUACCUCCCACCGCUCAAAUGACGUAACUCUGGGCAGUCCAGCGGGCCAAGGAAGCCGCCGAGGGGCAAGAACUCUUGACCGUAGCCUCGGCCGGCGCCGCAGCCCACUAACUCGCCGGACGCGAGUCGUUCUGAUUCGAAAUAAAGU